UAUUUCAGAUUUAUCUCAAAUGUAUUAUGCGAAGAAAAGAGGAAUCUGGACUCAGUUGGUUCCGGCCUUAUUAAAAGAAAUUUGGAUUCAGUCGGCUCUGGAUUAAUUAAAAGACAAUUAGACUCAGUUGGGUCUGGACUUAUUAAAAGGCAGCUGGAUUCGGUCGGGUCGGGACUGAUCAAGCGACAACUGGAUUCUGUUGGUUCUGGAUUGAUCAAGAGAAACUUUGAAGAUGGAAGUGAGUUUGAAGAAAUACCAUUAGACAAUAUUGAAGAAGAUGCUCUUAAACGACAGUUAGAUUCUGUAGGAGCUGGUCUAAUCAAAAGACAGCUGGAUUCAGUUGGGUCUGGGCUCAUAAAAAAGAAUUUGGACUCUGUCGGCUCCGGAUUAAUUCGUAGAAAUUUCGAUACAAUUGGUUCUGGACUUAUUAAAAAGAAUUUAGAUUCUGUCGGCUCUGGAUUAAUUCGAAGAAAUUUUGAUACAAUUGGGUCUGGACUUAUUAAAAAGAAUUUAGAUUCCGUCGGUUCUGGAUUAAUUCGCAGAAAUUUGGAUUCUGUUGGAUCUGGAUUAAUUCGAAGAAAUUUCGAUACUAUUGGGUCUGGACUUAUUAAAAAGAAUUUGGAUUCUGUUGGCUCUGGAUUAAUUCGCAGAAAUUUAGAUUCUGUUGGAUCUGGGCUCAUAAAAAAGAAUUUGGAUUCUGUUGGCUCUGGAUUAAUUCGUAGAAAUUUCGACACUGUUGGUUCUGGUCUUAUCAAAAAGAAUUUGGAUUCCGUCGGUUCUGGAUUAAUUCGAAGAAAUUUGGAUUCUGUUGGCUCUGGAUUAAUUCGUAGAAAUUUGGAUUCUGUUGGCUCUGGAUUAAUUCGUAGAAAUUUGGAUUCUGUUGGCUCUGGAUUAAUUCGAAGAAAUUUGGAUUCUGUUGGAUCUGGAUUAAUUAAAAAGAAUUUGGACUCUGUCGGUUCUGGAUUAAUUCGAAGAAAUUUCGACACUGUUGGUUCUGGUCUUAUCAAAAAGAAUUUGGAUUCCGUCGGUUCCGGAUUAAUUCGAAGAAGUUUCGAUACUGUUGGAUCUGGACUAAUUCGUAGAAAUUUGGAUUCUGUUGGAUCUGGACUAAUUAAAAAGAACUUGGAUUCUGUCGGUUCCGGAUUAAUUCGUAGAAAUUUGGAUUCUGUUGGAUCUGGACUAAUUAAAAAGAAUUUGGACUCGGUCGGCUCCGGAUUAAUUCGUAGAAAUUUCGAUACUGUUGGAUCUGGACUUAUUAAAAAGAACUUGGAUUCUGUUGGCUCUGGAUUAAUUCGAAGAAAUUUCGAUACUAUUGGGUCUGGACUAAUUAAAAAGAAUUUAGAUUCUGUCGGCUCCGGAUUAAUUCGAAGAAAUUUGGAUUCUGUUGGAUCUGGACUAAUUAAAAAGAAUUUGGACUCUGUCGGUUCUGGGCUCAUCAAAAGGCAGCUAGACUCCGUUGGAUCUGGUCUUAUUCGAAGGAAUUUUGACACUGUCGGCUCUGGGUUAAUACGAAGGAAUCUGGACUCUGUUGGGUCCGGGCUUAUCAAAAGACAGCUAGAUUCCGUUGGAUCAGGUUUGAUUAAAAGAAAUUUCGAUUCUAUUGGAUCUGGUCUGAUCAGGCGGAGAUUUGAAACAGCACAAACCGGUUUACUGGCAAGACUAACAGAAUGUUUGUAUCAUGCUGACAAGAAGAGUAAAUGCCUUCUUCGAAUGGAAUAGACCAACAAACGCCAUGACAACAAUGAGUAAAGGAAAAUAAUUCAAAAAAUAAUAAAACACGACGACACAAAAGCGGAAAUUUAAACAACACAAAAGAAAUU